UUUUUUGGGAAAUGUUUUUUUCGUAUUCCAGGUCAGAUUAGCCAAAUCGGUUCUAAAUCCUCUGGACUGAGCAGACCUCAAUCCUUCAGUCGCCGGAUGUGGGGCUACAACUUCCUUUCAGAGGUCCCAGAGAGAAGUGCAUUUCGCACAGAGCCCUUUGCUUCUCUCGCGCUGUUUGUGAUCAAGAGUGGAGGGAAGGUCAAGAAUCAUGUCGGAGUUCUGGCUAAUUUCUGCACCAGGAGAUAAAGCCAAUUUGCAGGCGUGGGAGCGGAUAACUACAGUGACAUCUAAGGCCAACCUAUCCAGCAACAGCAAAUUUGUCAUCCCAGACCUAAAGGUGGGGACAUUGGAUGCUCUUGUUGGUCUCUCUGAUGAGUUGGGAAAACUUGAUAGCUGUGCUGAAAGCAUAAUGAAGAAAAUUGCACAGUACAUAGGAGAUGUUAUGGAGGACUCCAAAGAUAAAGUCCAGGAAAAUCUUCUGGCCAGUGGAGUUGACCUAAUUAGUUAUCUGACGCGGUUUGAAUGGGACAUGGCCAAAUAUCCCAUUAAGCAGCCAUUGAAGAAUAUUGCAGAAGCAUUAACAAAGCAAAUCACACAGAUAGAGACAGACCUGAAGUCCCGAGCAGAAGUCUACAACAACAUUAAAGGGAACUUGCAAAACCUGGAGAAAAGGACCGUGGGAAAUCUGUUGACGCGUACAUUAGCUGAUAUUGUGCAUAAAGAGGACUUUGUGCUGAAUUCUGAAUACCUCAUCACGCUUGUCGUCGUAGUUCCAAAGUCAAACUACGCACAGUGGCAGAAAACAUACGAGUCUCUGUCUGAUAUGGUGGUACCUCGAUCCACAAAAUUGAUCGCUGAGGAUGCAGAAGGAGGACUCUUCACUGUGACCCUGUUUAGAAAAGUGAUGGAUGAUUUCAAAGCCAAAGCUAGAGAAAACAGGUUCAUAGUUCGAGAAUUUUAUUUUGAUGAGAGAGAACUGAAAUGUGAAAAGGAAGAAAUGAUGAAAUUAGCUUCUGACAAGAAACAACAGUAUGGUCCACUAUUGCGCUGGCUGAAAGUGAACUUCAGUGAAGCAUUUGUAGCUUGGAUUCACAUAAAAGCCUUAAGAGUUUUUGUUGAAUCUGUUCUGAGGUAUGGCCUACCAGUGAAUUUCCAGGCAAUGCUGCUGCAACCCAACAAAAAGUCUUCAAAACGUCUGAGAGACAUUCUAAAUGCGGUCUUCAAACACCUGGAUGAAGUAGCAGCAGCAAGUAUCAUGGAUGCUGGUGUGGAUAUUCCUGGCUUACAGCUGAGCAAUCAAGAAUAUUAUCCCUAUGUUUAUUUCAAGAUUGACCUCAGUCUUCUAGAGUACAGUUAAAUCAAUCAAACCAGGCUCAACUUACUCAUUAGCCAGUCCCCAUUGUUUCAGUAAAGUGACUGUAUUUAAGUGACUGAGUCAAAAAACAAUGCAGACACUUCAUUUACAGGAUAAUUUUGUAAGAAUUUCUUAAUAUGUAGCAUAGCAAUUUAAAGUUGUCCAGCCAUUCAGUUUUAGAAUGUGUUCAUUACUUAAGAUGUUUCUUAUGCUUGGGGUUAGAAAACAUACUUCACCAGAAGGAAGUGUCAUGGUGUAUUUAUUUUUGUUAGUUACAAAAGGAGGAAACAUCAUCUUUAUGGAAAUUAAAAAUAAAAUUAGAGUUAAAAAUAGCCUAGCAGUUACUGGAUUAGUUAGUAAUCUACAGUCGUGAUUUUGUAACACAGGAUAGAAUUUUUGAAAUAUGACUAGUGCCAGAUAAUAGCAACCCAGCAAGAGUAAAGAAAUCAUGUUUUUUAGCCUCAAAAUAAAAGAGUAAAAUGCAUGAGUGACAUUUUUAAAAGGCUCCUAAAUGCCUAAGUCACUUUUAAAAACAUGAUUUACAUUUCUGACUUGGAAAAUUGUAGGUGACACCAAGUUAAUCAUUACAGAUGGUUCACUGGAAAUCUGAAGUCUAACACAAGAGACUAAAACAAGGAUGUUUUAAUAACUAUUGUGCUUUGGACCAGUUGACUAGUGCAUCCUUUCAGCUCGUCAGUAAGAAAAAGCACAAGACUGUAUAGACAUGACUGGGUUUGGAAUCAUCUUACAAAAUUUACCCAUGGGAGGAGCUUUCAGCUACACCAUCUCCUUCUCUUGCAAGUAGACUGGUGACUUGCAGGGUAACUCUGGCAGACACUACUAUAAUUUCUCUUAUCUCAAUUACGUUACAUUUGUUUAGCAUUUUAAAUCACCCCUGUCUUUUACAAUAUUCACUUUACAAAAACAGUAAAAUCUGUGCCUAACCCCAAAAUGUGGCCAACCUUGGGGUAAAAUCAUUAUUUUAACAACAUAUGAUGGGAAGUGAAAACAAAGACCCUGACCCAGUGGAAAACACAGAGGAAAUUUAAGAAGGCAGAACUUAGUUAUCCAAGCUGAAAUCCAGCCAGGAUGAACACUAACACCACAACUCCUCUGAAGAGAUCAUUCUGCAUCAGCUUCAGGUCUUCCCCUGUGCAGAGCAUCUAGGGCAGCCCACUGACUCCUCCCUCACAACCUAGUGGGAUGCUGGCUCACAACCAACACAGAAGAGACUUGCGAGUCAGUAGCACUUCUCUUCCCAUCUUCAAUUUUCCUUGCAAAGAAGAUCACCAGUCAAAAGGUGACCCCACUUCCUUGGUAGCAGAUAACAAGAUCAAACUUGCGGUAUCAUGUUUCCAAGAAGCUGAAAACCCUGAGACUAGGAGGAAAAGGAAGACUAGAAAGCACAUUUAAAACUAAAACAUCUAGUCCAACUAGGCUUUAGGCCAAAAUUGUUGAAAUGUUAUAGCAUCUGGGUAAUUUAAGACCCCUUAUA